AAUAGCUACAACAGCAACAACUUUCAUAUGUAAAAUCAUUUUCACAAUAUUUCUAUAUUGUAGGCAGCAAUUCAAAAGACUUUCCUAGCAUAAAUUAGCAACAAUAUGGAUCAGCAAUCUUUCAUCAAGAAGGAGGAGUUCGAACUCCCCAAGAGCGGAAAAAAGUCAGUAAAUGUCACUAGUGUCGAGCUAGAAGGGGAGACAGAGAAAGAGAAGAAACCCAAAGAGAAGAAACCCGCAGAGCACUCGUAUGCACAUGAGAUAAUGGCUGAUCUGGAGUAUCGUCAGCAGUUUAAGGUGACCGAAGUGGUUGAUGGGGAGGAGGUGGACAUGACGCCCAACUAUAUAUCCGAUCAGCCUUACGCCGAUCAGUUUCUCACGUUCAAUGUGCAUUUGAAGCACGAGGUCAAUACCAUGCAGCUGCUGCACUCCCGCUCUUCCCGCUCCCGCACACGACAAAGCAUGCGCGGAGGUGUCGGAGGAAACAAGCAAUCCAUGGACGAGUUGAUCAAUGGCAUCAUCUAUGAGAAUAUUGUGUUUAGUGCUAGCAAGGUUGAGGAAAUCAAACAGGGUCACGUUCCCGUGCCCUUCAAGAAGUCCUUUGUCAAGGUGACGCUACGCAAAUCCGAUUUCUUUGUGCUCUUCAAUCAGCCCAGCACCACGGUGGCCAAGGGCACACCCCAAGGCGAUCAGGUGGAGGCCGACAAUCGUCACUACGAGUAUCUGACCAUGGGCAAGGGCAAGGUGCGACGUCGCUCCGACAACGAUGCACAGACAACGCUGGUGUUGACCAACUCACGGACAGUGAACACCAUUUAUGUGGACUUCGCCACUGUGGGUUCUUAUGUGUCCAACUUUGAGAUGUACGACACACUGGAGGGUGUGAAUCCCAAGAAAGAUGCGCAUGCCACCAUGCUGAGUCUGGCCAAGCCGGGUGAAAGUGUGGGCACUCAAGUGAUGGAUGCAGCAGCCGCUGCAUACCAUGAGGAAGAGGAAGCUAAAGCCAAGGAGCGUGCCAAGAAUCAAGCAACGGAGUUGUAUCAACGUCCCGAAUUCAAGACAUCACUGCAGUACAUUGGACGCACUCUCUCGAGCAAUCUGUACAAGGCGGGAAUGCAACGUUUCCGCAACUUUCAGCAGGUGGAUCGCUGUGCCCCGGAUGUGGAGUACAAGUACUCGUUGAAGCUGCUCUUCCGGCUGAUCCCCGUGCCCAGCUACGAUGAACGCAAAGCUGUUAGCGACAUGAGUUUCUGCACCACCAACAGCGAUAUUCUGGCCAUCUCCUACGGUCUGUUCUCGUUCUCCUCGCAGCAAGUCCCCAGCUCGGGGGAUGUCUACAUCUGGAGCAUUAAGAAUCCUGGUGAACCGGAGCGUGCUUACUACUAUAAAAUACCCGUAACUGCACUUUGUUUCUCUCCUUAUCUGCCAUCGUUGAUUGCCAUUGGCAUGUACGAUGGCAGCGUUGAGGUGCGCAACGUCGCCGAUCUCGGCAAUGUUCCCAUUGCGGUGUCUCAGCGAAGUACUUCACCUGGCUGCUCCCCCGUGGUGGCCAUACGUUGGCUCAAGCAGACCACCGACGACGAUGCCAACGAGAUUGAUCCGUUCCUGAGCCUGUCCCAAGAUGGUUCCGUCACUCGCUUCUCCAUCAUCAAGUCGCCUUAUUUGCUGGGCUUCACUCAGAUGACUCUCGAACGCAUCGAGGGACAUCCCGAGGGCAUUCGUGUACCGCUGAUGCCCACCAUGGUUGUGGAGUCCAACCGGCAUCCGCAGGGACUUUACAUUACCACGCAUCCGGUGCACAAGGACAUCUAUUACAUACUCACCGACGAGGGCUGCAUUCACAAGUGCUCCAUCAACUAUCAGCAUCAAUAUCUGGAGGUGCUCAAGUGUCACGAUGGCGGGGUCAAUGUCAUGGAGUUUUCACCCUGGUCACCCAAGCUCUUUCUCACCUGUGGCAACGAUUGGUAUGUGCGCAUUUGGAUUGAUGGCAUGACGCGUCCUUUGAUUGAACUGCUCGAUGACUUUCAGCCCGUGCACUGGGCCAACUGGAGUCCCACUCACUCCACUGUCCUAGUCUCCAUGAACCGCGAUACGGUUAGCGUUUGGGACAUUCGCCGCAACAUACUCAAGCCCAUGGGAAAGCACGAAAUGGAUUCCUCCUAUAACACUAUUGGACAAUUCUCGAAUAGCGGCACCACUUUGGUUGUGGGCAAUGAGCGUGGCAAUGCCUUGUUCCAGGGCCUAAAUGAUAUGCCAUUUCCACCGCAUUUUCAGUACGAUGAGCUGGAAAAGGCCAUCUACAAAGCCAUUGGCAAUGAUCAGGAUCUCUUCAUUGAGCUAAAGAGCAUCGGUUUCUUUGGCUAUCCCGGCAAGAAGAACCAUAAACCAUAGAAAACUGUAUAGGAUUAGGCAAUUGAAAUGUAAUUGGAUUUUGGGUUUCAAUAUUACAAAUAUAAUAAAUAAAGCGCUCUAAAA